GCACUGUCAAUGGAGACGUAGUAAGAGAAGUAGAUAAACUGAGACUUUAACGUUUAUUCCAGAACCGCUUAAAUUGUGGGAUUUUUUUAAUCGUCGACUUUUGGUUAAAAGUACUCAAGACUGUUACUUCAGCUGACUUUCAGCAGCACUGUCGAGAAGUGACGAAAAGAUGAAAUACAUUAUAGGAAUUGGCGGAGUCACUAAUGGUGGCAAAACCACCCUGACCAAUAACUUGAUCAAGACUUUGCCCAAUUGCUGUGUUGUGCACCAAGAUGACUUUUUCAAGAAACCCGAUCAGAUAGAAGUCGGGGAGGACGGCUUUAGACAAUGGGAUGUGAUCACAGCUUUGGAUAUGGAGGCCAUGACCAACACCAUAAAAGGCUGGAUGGAGAACCCUGUGAAGUUUGCCCGUUCUCAUGGUGUCACUCUGUCCUCUGCCUCUGAUGAGGUCAACCCUGAUGAGCAGAUCCAUAUCCUGAUUGUGGAGGGCUUCCUGCUCUACAACUACCCGCCCCUGCUGGAAGUUUUCGACAAGUGCUAUUACAUCACGAUUCCCUAUGAUGAGUGCAAGAGAAGGAGAAGUACAAGGCAGUACACUGUCCCCGACCCUCCUGGCCUGUUUGAUGGCCAUGUGUGGCCCAUGUACCAGAAGCACAGGAAACAGAUGGAGGACAGUGGCUUAAAUAUUGAGUACCUGGAUGGUUUGAAAACCAAACAGGACAUGUACAACCAGGUGUAUGAGGACAUUCAGAACAACCUGCUCAAUCGUUUAUAGCAGGAAGACUCCUCUCCAUCCCUGUACAGACUUUGUAAAUAGCCCCAAGGAUUCUUUUUUUAAUGAAGUUUUUCUAAUUUUAUUCCUUUUUUUGUACAUAGAAUAAUGCAAUGUUAAAUUAUCAUUGUCUUUUUUAUCAUCUUCAGAUGAUCAAUAUUUUUGUUUUUCUUUAAAAAGUGAUUGUUGCACUGAUCUAUGUCACUAUGUUACAGUUAUCUUAAACCACUGAUUUGUACUGGACCAUUUGUCUGCCAAUUGCAUUAUACAAAUAAAUGUAUUAGUUGCUGUUUAAGAUACAGUACAUCAA